GUCAGGUCCAGGCCGGGCCGCGUGGGGGCCCAGGAGGUAGAGAAAGCCACUGGUCUCAGAGGCCUUGGGAAGCUCCAGACCCCGGGUGAUGGCCCAGCUCUGCUGCAAGGAAUCAGGCCCCUGCGGCGGUGAGCUCCCUGGGCCAGCAGAGCCCUCUCCUGGUCUGGGCACGGGGACGGCCAGUGGCUGUCAUCACUCUUGACCAGGGCAUCAGCUGGAGCUGAUGGGAGAGAGAGAAUGGGCCCAGCAGUGGGGUCCCCUGCUCUUCCGGAAGGUCCUCCGGACAGCACCUCGGAGAGGGUGAGGACGGCAACGCUUUCUGCCUAUGUCCGGCGUUCACUGUCCAUUGCAGAGCGAGGGAAGCCACAAAUGAGGGGACACUCUGGGGCUGGUGUGUCCCCUCGAGGCCCUGGAAGGUGCCCCUGAGGCCAUUCAGACCAGGGGGCGAACGGGGUCCAACUGUGGGUGCCUCCUGGGGAGGGGAUGGCUGACGUGAGUGCGCAGGCCCCGUGUGGGGACAGGAGGCGGCGCGCACCGACCGGGCAGUGCCUUCUAAACUUCUACUGAGCAGAGGCCCGUUAUUGACGAGUGGCCCCUGACACGGGAGCCAUCAGGGCCAGGCCUUCCAGCUCCUCCCUGUGGUAGAAGGGCAGCCGAGACCAUAAUCCAGGGAACCAUGGAGCGGAAGGGGACCAGCACCCGUCCUCCAGUUCAGGCCAAGGGCCACUUGUAAAUGAAAAAAUGGAGUCCAGGCCCCCCACUCACACCUCCCAGGCAGAGUGAUGAACGGCGGUCACUCGCCCACAGCCGUCAACGGGGCGCCGUCCACGCCCAGUGGCUUCAGCAAUGGCCCGGCCACCUCGUCCACGGCCUCGCUGUCUACGCAGCACCUGCCCCCGGCCUGCGGGACGCGGCAGCUCAGCAAGCUGAAGCGUUUCCUCACUGCCCUGCAGCAGUUCGGCACCGACAUCUCCCCGGAGAUCGGGGCGCGCGUGCGCACGCUGGUGCUGGGGCUCGUGAACUCCACGCUCACCAUCGAGGAGUUCCAUUCCAAGCUUCAGGAGGCCACCAACUUCCCUCUGCGUCCCUUCGUCAUCCCCUUCCUGAAGGCAAACCUGCCCUUGCUGCAGAGGGAACUCAUGCACUGUGCCCGCCUCGCCAAGCAGACCCCCGCCCAGUACCUGGCCCAGCACGAGCAGCUCCUGCUGGACGCCAACGCCUCCUCCCCCGUCGACUCCUCGGAGCUCCUGCUGGACGCCAACGAGCAUGGCAAGAGGAGGACCCCUGACAGGACCAAAGACAAUGGGUCAGACCGUGACCCACUGCACCCCGACCACCUCAGCAAACGGCCGUGCACCCUGAGCCCCGCCCAGCGCUACAGCCCCAGCAACGGGCUGCCCCACCCCACGCCGCCCCCGCACUACCGCCUGGAGGACAUGGCCAUGGCCCACCACUUCCGCGACUCCUACCGCCACCCUGACCCCCGGGAGCUGCGGGAGCGCCAUCGGCAGCUCGCGGCACAGGGGUCCCGGCAGGAGGAGGUGAUCGACCACAGGCUCACGGAGCGGGAGUGGGCGGAGGAGUGGAAGCAUGUCAACAACCUUCUGAACUGCAUCAUGGACAUGGCCGAGAAGACACGGCGCUCACUCACGGUGCUGCGCCAGUGCCAAGAAGCCGACCGGGAGGAGCUCAGCCACUGGGUCCGCCGCUGCAGUGACAGCGAGGAUGCCAAGAAGGGCCCCGCACCUACCCCCGCCCGGGCCCUCAACAGCUCCCCGGGUGCACAGGGGUCUCUACUAGACGCCCACCGGGAGUUCAUGCCUCGGACCCUCUCUGGCUACAUGCCCGAGGAGAUAUGGAGGAAGGCUGAGGAGGCGGUGAAUGAAGUGAAGCGGCAGGCCAUGUCCGAGCUGCAGAAAGCCGUGUCGGACGCGGAGCGGAAGGCCCACGAGCUCAUCAGCACGGAGCGCGCCAAGAUGGAGCGUGCCUUGGCCGAAGCCCGGCGGCAGGCAUCGGAGGACGCCCUGACCGUCGUCAACCAGCAGGAGGACUCCAGCGAGAGCUGCUGGAACUGCGGGCGCAAGGCUAGCGAGACGUGCAGCGGCUGCAACGCGGCGCGCUACUGUGGCGCCUUCUGCCAGCACCGGGACUGGGAGAAGCACCACCACGUGUGCGGCCAGAGCCUGCAGGGCCCCUCGGCUGCCGUGGCCGACCCGGGACCCGCACCGCCCGACGCCACAGCCAGCCUGGGCCCCUGCCUGCCCACGGGCGCCGCCAGCCCCAGCGAGGCCAGCUCUGCGGGGCCCUCCCGCCCCGGCUCGCCUGGCCCGCCUGGGCCCCUGGACGCAGCGCCCCGCUGACCCGCCCCCGCCCCCUGCCCAAGGGUCCCCAACCCGGCCGGGGCCCACGGAUGCCGAGCCCUCUGGCCCUGCCCGGCCCCAGCCCCCCUGGGCCCUGGAGCCACUGCUGCUACUGCUUCUCUCCAAAAGAAAACAGAACCAACAAAGACUGCAUCAACGCAACUUCCUCAGCGACCUGGUGGUCUCAGCACGACCGCGUGUCCUCAGAGACCCCCCGCGACAGAGCGGCCUGGCCACCGCCCACUCGCGCUCUCCUGUGUCUCUGUCUCUGUGACCCUUGUACUCUUUCUCUUGAAGAUGAAAUCUGUUUGGUGGCUUAUAUUUUCAGUGAAGAAUUUUGGGGGGUUUGUGGAAUAGACCUACUGAGAAGUAGACAAAGGAAACGGGGGUUUUGUCCCCUUCGUGAUUAAAAAGGGAAACAGAAAAUGGACAUGUUCCAGUGAGGUCGGAGCCGCCGUGGCCCAGGAGCUCUUCCCAGGGCGUGGGCCAAUGUGGUGAAGACAGUAAGAACGAUUCCAAUUUCCAACUCAAGAAACAUUUUUCAGAGUUUUUUUUCCUUUAAUGUUAAACUCUUUGGCUUUAAGUAGAAAUCCAAAAAGUUUUUUUAAAAAAAAAAAAAAGAAAGGAAAACCAUUCCUGUAAGCUACCUUGCCAGCUAGCUAGCCAAGGACGCCGGACACACCUCUGCUCCAAAGGAAACCCAAAAAACAAACACAAGACAUCAAAAUCCAAAAUGGUUUUGUCACUGCCAAAGUAUUUUGUCCACGGUUUUACUCUACUCUUGGAUUUGUUCAGGUGUCGUCCUGUUCUCUUGCUUUGACUCCAUGUCUGGAGUGUGGGGACCGCCGGAUCUAGAGGGUUUCGCUCAACGAGAGGUCCCUUGGGUUUCUCUGCCGCGGUGGAGGGCGCCCUGCCCACGUGCGUGCAGGGGCCACCCCCGUCUGUCCCCACACUCUCCGUGAAUCUUUAUCACGCUGCAUGUUUUCCACGCGUGGGAAAGCGCUAACGUGUCCUUCCCAGGAGAGAAUAACUCUGAAACCAAACUGUGACAAUCUUUUGGGUUGAUCCUUGACUGCUUCUGAAAGCUCGAGGAGAUGGCAUCUGGGCCUUGGAAACGCUGCUUCUCCGUCUCUCCUCCUCUACCUCCCCUUGCACCCCACGAGACUGCCUGCCGCCACCCCGGCCCUGGGGUCUGCUGUCCCCACUCUCCGCUCUGCACGCUGUUGCAGAAAUAGAAGGAAAGUUGCAAACGAGAAUGCCCUCGCUGGCCUGCUGGAGGCUGGGUCGGCCGCAGGGAGCCCCGCGUUUCUGUGCCGCUGUGGGGCCCCCAGCCCCGUCUCCUCACCCCACUCAGCUGCCCCAACCCUCUCACAGAGGACGUAAGAGAGUAGGGAAGCCCUCGUGCGGGGACUCCUUAGGUGGACCUGCGGCGGCUCUCGGUCUGGCGUUUUCUCGCAUCACUGGGAGGGGUUCCCAGGACCGCAGUAUGGGGAGUGACCAGCUACUGAAACUGGGGUUCUUGGGGGCCCCACCAAGAGGCUGGAAGUCCUAGUAUAUGCUAAUGUGAAUGUAUAUAGUUCUCGAAGAGGUCCAAAUCAUGAUGUUCAUGGUGGUGAUGACAGAGAAGGGUUGUUUGCCAAAUAAAAACAGAGAAACCGCCGGAGCACAGAUAUCUCAGAAAAUAGAUUUUCAAAGAAAUCGAAACUGUGGUCCUGCGGGGAGCAGUGGGUUUGUGUGAUCGCUGUGAUCUCCCAGAGCUGUAGGAGUUCAUCGUUCAGUCCUGGGAGGAUGGGUUCCAUCCAGGAGCCACAGCCAUGGGCCUUCCCGAGUCCUGCCUGAUGGUAAACCCGAAUCUCGAAGUCGAGACAGGCCUACCUUCUCCGGAAAUGUCCCCGGGCUCGAGCCACGGGGCCAGGCACCUGUCAAAGGUCCGCUUCCAUGGGUUUCGGAAAAGCAAGGACCGGUGUGGGAUUUGGGCUCUCGAUGAGACUCUGGACCCGCCUGCCGUGCGUCCAGGCUUCCGUCUUUCUCUCUGGCAAGCGCCGAACCUAUGAAAACAGCUGUGUGGGUGGUGUACCUUGGAGGCAGGUGCUUUUGGACUCGGUUCCCCAAGGUUGUGUCCAGAGUGUGUCUGCCCUGAGUAACCUGGGGGUCUGGGUGAGCAGGGCUGAGACCCAGAUGAGCCAGGUCCCCGACGUCAGGACUAGGCUGAGGCUGCUGGUCCGAGGCGAGGCGUGCAGGAGCCCUCCCCUGGGGCCCACUGGCAUGCGCUGCCAGCCUGUCUCCCCGCUCCUCACAAGGCCCCCCUCAGGGUCAAGCAGGUGCAUCAGGGAAUGUAGUGUGUCAGCUGGCCCGGGGGUCUGAGAUGGGGCAGCCCCUCCCACCGUCGCUGUUGGGAACUGGUCCCUCUCCAGCCCGCUCUGAAAGGCCGUCUUCCCAGUGUUGUUCCCCCACCCAUGUCCCGCAUAUCAAGAAGCCAGCUCCCAGGGGACUGCAGGAGCCCGGCAUGGAGAGCCUACCGAUCAGAUCGCAGGCCAACAGUGGAGCCCCUGCAGGCUGAGAGCACAGCAGCUGGGGCAGGGGGCCUGCAGGGAGGAAGCUGAAGCUUCGCGCCAGCCACCGGGAGCUGUCCCGGGAAGCUCUGUGUCUGCCAAUGCCCAAAGCUCCUCCCACCCAGGGCACUGGGGCCUAGUCCAGGUUUUGGGAGCUGGUGUUCCUGUCCGUCAUGUGCUCAGGCCCCAUUCGGCCAAAGACCUCACAGCAGCACCAAACACAGAAUCGAUAGCUUUGGGGAGGGGCCGUGGCAGAGUUUCUGCCAUUAGGAGAUGGGCUGGAGUGUGCGCCUGCCUUUCUUAUGCAAAGAGGAGGUCUGCAGAAGGGGAUCUAGGCUCCUGCUCUCUGCUCAGAGACCCUCGUGCCCCGCUACCUCCUAAGCUUGUAAACCACUGGCCAGUCUCCUUCCCACCGGCCAGCGCCAGGGUUAGACACACAGGUGACUCAAAGCUUCAGUGAGACGCUGGUGCUCAUGGAGCCUCCCUCCCCCUAAAUCAAGCUCAAAGGGUUCAUCUCCCAUUCUGAGCCCCAGGCUACCACAGCAAGGCAGAGCGAGGCAGCCAGCCAGGCAGCAGCCAGAGCUCCCUCGUCCCAAGCCCAGGCGCAUACAGUGCGCAGACGGGGCGGGGGGGGGGGGGCAACGAGAAGGAGGCUGGCACCCCUAGGCCCUCCCACCUCCCAGUGUUUGACCCCCUCAACCUUUCCCACCCACUCCUCUAUCUCCUUGUUUCCCAUCUUGCCGUGGACCCAUUAGGACAUGUCACCAUCCCCAGGUGGUGUCUUGGUGGGGGGGGGUGUCCCUACAAAGAUUAGUGCCUCCUACUCCACGUGUGAACAGGCUGGGCUACCCCGGACUCCACCAGAAUAGAGGGUCCCCAUCCCUACAGCUCAUCACGACCAAAGGGAAGCCUUGGGUGUUACCAGGGGCAAAGAGGAAAACUGGGAGACAGUCUUGGAGGUCCAGAAGGGUCAGGGACAGGAUGAGAGGAGGCAGGUGCCCAGGCCAGGGACUGCCCCAUGCGCUCCACAGAGGGAGCUACUCAUCAGGGCGUCUAGAGGUUCAGCAGCAGAGGGAGACGGACAGGCCAGGGGCUAGGAGGUAUUGGUUUGCUUUCAUCUCAAUGACAUGGUAGGAAGGGAUCAGGACAGGCCCAAAUUUCUGUUUGCCAAUUUUCUGAAACAUAUCUUCAAAAUGACACCAAAGGCCCUUCACUGUUCUCCAUCUGUCCUGCCUGUUCUAGCCUACUAUAGCCAGCAUGCUGGUCGUUAUUCUGCCCAUCCCCCCAGCCAGACUACAAUUGUUUCUCAAUUCUUUUAUUACAUCAGCUAACCCUUCUAACCAGUCAUCUAUCUGGCCAUCCAUCCACUCACCCACCCAUCCACCCAUGGACUGAUCCAUCCGUCCACCCAACCACCUAUCCACCCACCCAUCCAUCCACCCACGCAUCCAUCCUUUUUGUCCAUCCAUCUGUCGAUCCAUCCAUCCAUCCA